GGCCUCUAAGUCAAGAAUUCCUCGUAAAAAGAGGAAAGAAAUAAGUCAAUCAACUCCUUUACAGUCCAAUCUAGAAAAUGAAAAUCCUAAUAAGAGGCAAGUUUUGAAGUCCAUUUUUGACACACAACAUGAUAAUAACUCUUCAGGAUCUUGCCAAAGCAGUCAGUGUAUAUUACCUGAAGAAACACAGCGCACAUUAAAAAGUAAUUCUGUAAAUAAUUCCAGUUUUCCUCACCAAAUACUGGCAUCUGAUGCUGAUGAGGAUGUGCCUAAUAUAGAUCAUCUGAUGAUUGUGGAAGGUUUUGAGCCCAUCAAAACAUCUUGUAAUAUUGGAGAACAACUUGAACAUUCUCAGUUAUUAAAUUGUCGUUCUCCCAACAGUAUUUCUGUUAUCAAAACUAAAAUGGAAAAUUCACCAAAUGAUAGUUUGGAGGAUACAAACUCAAACAGUUCUACAAACUUCCAGAAGGGUUACAAAGUAGGAUAUAAAAAGGUAUAUUCCACUCAGAAUGAAUCAUGUCAGACUGAGAAUCAUCAGAGCUUUUCUAGUCCUGAAAAUAUUGUUAGGUCUUACCCUUUAUCAUUUCUAUUUCCCAGUAUGGAAAAUGAAAAUGACAUACUGCAAGAUUCCCAAACUGCAUGUUCUUCCAAGAGGAAAAAUGAACCCACAAACAAAGAUCACCUUAAAACAUUUGGAGUUUCUUAUCAUUCAGAUAGUCCUGUCUUGGGUGUUUCAAGAAAAAUACAGACGGAGAAACACUUCAGUGACGCUUUCUUAUUUCACCUACAGGUAACUGAUCAGACUGAAGGGGGAAGAAUGACAAAAAAAUUUGGAUGUCAAGAUAAUUCACUUUGUGACGACAGUGAAAGGGAAGAAGCUGAAGCAACAGAGUACCAAAUCUUAGAUACGAGUGAGGAGUUACCGGAUUUAACAAGUUCAGAUCUAAAAUUUGAUGUAAAAAUUCCUUGCAGUCACAUUUAUUCCCCUUCAAAGUUACUAGAAGAUAAAUUAAAAGAAGAUGGUUCAGAAAUCAUAGAAUCUUCACCAAAGGCAACUGAUCAGAUGGAAAGGGGAAAAAAGGCAAAGGAUUUUGGAUGUCAAGGUAAUUCACUUUGUGACGGCAGUGAAUGGGAAGAAGCUGAAGCAACAGAGUCUCAGAUUUUCGACAAGGAUGAGGAUUUACCGGAUUUAACAAGUUCAAAUCCAAAAAUUGAAGUAAAUAUUCCUUGCAGUCACAUUGAUUUCCCUUUUAAGCUGCUAGAAGAUAGACAAAAAGAAGAUGGUUCAGAAACUAUAGAAUCCUCACCAAAGGCAAAAAAACUUCUUGGAGAAUUCAGCAAAUCAGAAAACAAAACAAAAAUGAGAUUAGAAUCAAAGAAAAAAAUUUCAAAAAAAAAUAACGUUGAAGAAGCAUAUGUUCCUGGACAUAUUACAUCAACAGACAGAGAAGAUGGUAAAGCUUGUUCAUCACUAGUAUACCCAGAUUAUGUUCCAAGUUGUGUAAAGCAGGUUGAGUGUAAAGAAAAGGAUCAAAGUGUUUGCAGUUGUAAUACUCUUCUUUAUCGAAGGAGUCUCAGACUAAAGGAAAAAGAAAAGCUUACCAGUAGUGAAGGAUUACCGGAAGGUGCUGCAAGGAAUAGUAGUCUUAGUCCUUCCUUAGACCCCUCAGGCUCUGUUGCUCAACUACCAAUACAAAAAUCUUUGCAUAAAUCUAAAACUAAGUGUAAGGGUACUAAAUCUAGUGAUAGAAUUACUCCAAAGAAAGCUAGAUUAGAAAAACUACAAUUGUCAAAAAAAACUUUGAAAAAUAUUGCUAUUAUUGAAAAGUGCCGCAAAGCAAUGGAGUUGCGUGAGAAACAAAGUGCAAAUGAACUGUCAUUUCCAGAAAAUACAUUUGAUUUUUCCAGUGACAUUGAUCAGAGUGAUUUCUCCCAAAAAACUAAUCAUAAAACAAGGAAUAAAAAAAAUAAGCUCAAGUUUAAUGCCCAUGUCCCACAGAAUCAACCUAAAAUGACUGAUUGGAUUGCUUCAAAACAAAAUGGAAAAAAACCCUGUCAGACUAUCACAAAACAUAUUGAACAGAAGUCAAGACCAAGCAAAAAUCACUCCACAAAAUCCAAAACCAAAAGUUGUAGUGCAGUGAAAAAUGAUAAACACUUAAGUGGUGCUGAUGUAUUUUCAGAAACUAGUGAGCUUAGUGAAAGGGUUGAAAGUGAGGGUACCUUUAACUGUACUGUAAACAGUGACUCGGCUCAAAAUUUUGAAAUAAACAGUGGUAAUGUAAGUAACUUCAGUGAUUUAAACUGGAAUAGACGCAGAAAUCUGUAUAUGUCACAAGAAACUGAUGUCUUUGAUACUACUUUAAGUAAUGGAAAAAAUAUUAAUAGAGAUUCUGAACAAAGUCAUGAAAGUGAAAGUAAUUUCAAUGAAUUACAGUCAGUCCAUUCAUUCAUGCCAGAUGAGACACCAAAACAUAACUCCAGUAACAUAUGCUUUUCAAGUUUGGAAGAUGACACACGCAUUCUACAAUUUGAAGAAGAUAGUUUAACUGAACCACCAAUGAAUCUUGGCUUUGAUGAUGAAAAUUCUGUAAUUUUUUCUGAUGGAGGAACUCUUGAGUCACAAAUUAACAGCUACAACAGACUCCAACAGAUGACCGUAGAGGAGCUUGAAAAUAGACUUGUCCAAGCAGUACCAUAUUUAGAAAAGGUAACCAAAGGACAGGAACCAAACCAGAGGCACCAGAUCUUCAAGAGAGGUGGAAGAGACUUACGAGAAAUGACAGGUGAACUGAUCUAUGGAGCAUACACUGAAGACCAGAUCACCUGUGUUAUUGAUUUUAUAAGAAAAACAUUUUCAUAUCUCCCAAAGGCCUUCGGUGAUGAUUAUAUGAGUUUGCAGUACAUCUGGAAAGUUUUGGGUCCAACAAUGUUCAUCAAGAUUGUCAUGGAGAAUGAAGAGAUCACACAGGAUGAGGCAGAAAAACUUUUAGUAGAAUUUUCUCUAAAUACAAAAAUUAGAGGUAGUAACAGUCCCUCUCCAAUAUAGUCCAGCAUCAUAAACAUGUACAGUAUUCUUUUUCCCUUACACCUUCUGGUAUGCUCCAUUAUAGCUGUUGUAUUAUUGAAUUAACAAAGGUGAUGCAGAGAUUUAUCGUGAAAAAAAAAUUGAUAUAAAUCCAAAUUAAUUAAGUGUGGUUGUGUUUGAAAGGAGAUGAGUCAGAAUGUAUAUUAUACAUAAACAGUUUAUAUGUACAGGGGGUCUCUGACUUACUAACGUCCGACUUACGAAUGCCCGCCAAUACGAACAGGGUUAAACUUGAAAUUUACGGUAUAUAUUUACCAGAUGACUUAUUUUUUUACUUUCACUUACUGUAUUUUGUCAUUCUUGUUUUUUAUUUU